AUGCAGCUGCGUCCUAGAGACCUCAUCAACUACCAAGCCAGCACUGGCGUGGCCAUCCCCGCAGUGGUCCUUGCCCACCAGGUCACACUUGCUUCGUUGGUUCCCGAACUUGCUCUAAGCGACCACGAGGUUGAAGCUCUGACUAGCCACUUACCCCAAUUGAUCAUCGAAUACAUCAAAGAUCGAAGAGCUACUAUGGAUGUACCCUGGGACUUGUAG